ACAGAUUCUCAUCUUAAAUUAAAUGUCUUUACAAAAUAUUGAAUGUUUCAACUGAUGCUUCCUAAGAGGAUAUUAAGGCUUCUUUUUUUGAAUUAGCCAAAAAGUAUCAUCCAGAUUCAAAUCCAGAAACCUCAAUUGAUCCUUAAAAAUUCAGAGAAAUCUAAUAAGCUUAUUAAACAUUGUCUAAUCCAGAAAAAAGAAAAUAUUACGAUUAAGAAAAUGGUAUCUAUUAUUAUUAACAAUAUUCAGGAAUUAUAGGAUAAUAAUUUUAAGGAAAUCCAACAUUUGGAGAAUAAGAAGAUGUAUAUUAAAAGUGAACAUAUUAGAUAAAAUGAAGGUUUGAAAUUAAAAUCUUACUAUUUUAGCUGAAUAUUCUGAUUAUUUUGAAAAACAAUAUUUCAGAAAUCCUGACUAUUUCAAACGAAAAGUAGAUGAAGAUAGUCCUUGGAAUAUUUCAUAUGACUUAUAUAAAAAGCAUUAUGAUAUCAAAAAAGAAAAGUCUGAAUAUGUUUUGCAUGUUCCUACAGAAACUACAUCAUAUUGGGAAAGAAAAGAAGAUAUGAAAGAGUAGCCAUAUUUUUAUAUAUUAUAGGAGAACUUUAGAAUAAAAAGCAGAAGAUUUUAAAAAUGGAAAAUCAUUAUACAUUGGUUUGUUUAUAACCAUGAUUAUUGGUGGAAUCUAUUAUAUUUACCAAGAUUAAAAUUAAAAUAAGCAAAGAGUUUCUUCGGCUGGCAAAGUAAAAGAAGGAUCAGGAUAUAAAGUUAAGGCUCUUCCUUUAAAUAUUGUUUGA